CUCGUUAGUACAAAAAUCAAGAAGUUUGGGCCAUUGGUAACCAUUUGGAUCUCACCUUCACCUUCAUUCAGCUAGUAAGCGAUGGUUUCCCUACGCUUGACUCUGUUGUUUGCGUACCUUUCUCUCUUGCGCGCAUGGACAUCGCAGCAACUUCCCAUCAGAACUGCUGCAUUCAAGACAGCUUCAAGAUCGGUUCUCUCCAUGGCCGGCUUUGGAGGCAACGAUGCUCCCAAGAGAGAAACGAAGCUUAAGCCAAAGCAACAGUGGGAUCGUUAUUUGUCUCUGAAAAAGGACGAGAAGAUUUCUGUUGCAGUUCGGGCCACUGAUACCGAGGAAUGGUUGGAAGUCGGCAACGUCAAAAGCAAAGCAAACGAGUUCAGCGAUAUUGCAGUUGCAAGACAGCGCGCCCUCAUUGCUGAUCACGCUCGACGACUCUUCCCUUUAAAGGUCUCUCCAAAAGACAAGGUAGAGUGGGCACUUAAGGAAGGCAAAGAUUGGAAAAUUGUAGAUAAAGCCGUCCUGGAGGGUUCGGAGCUUCCUUCAGGGAUCGAAAAACUGAUUGGGUUUGAAGGGAAGCCCGACCCUGGAACUGGCUACUACUGUUUUUACAAUGAAGGAAAACUUGUCAACAGCGGGGAAGACGUCCCAGCCCCUUCUUCUAAGAAACUUCAAUAGAAUAGAAGCAUUCGUUUAUGGCGCUCUUGGCGAGGGAUCAAUGGCCUUGCUUACAUUGCUUUGAUCUUUGCCGCAAAGCCACUUUUACGGACUUUUAUCAGUACCCCUCUAGUUCACGGCCCGGCUACCUAUUCCAUUAGGGAGCGACGUCCUCUAACGAAAGGUCAAACUAACGUAAGGAAUAUAAUACUGG